AUGGACACCCAAGCCAUGAAUGGCGAGACAGCCCUAGGAACAGCCGCAGCACGCGGCUUCGCACGAAUAAUACGAGUCCUCAUCGCCAGCGGGGCGAACGUCAACGCAGGAAGUGGAACCGGCAAAACAGCAUUAUCACAAGCAGCGUCAUACGGCCAGGACCGUAUUGUGAGACUUCUUCUUGACUGCGGUGCAGAUAUUGAUGCGCUGAACAGCACGGGCGAGACGGCGUUGGCCCUUGCGGCGUUGAAUGGGAAUAUGAGAGUUGCGCGGGUUUUGUUGGAUCGGGGGGCGGAUGUUGAUCGGAUGGAAUAUCCUUGGGAGUCGCCUUUGCUUAAGGCUAUUAAGCAGAAUUUUACGGAGAUGGUGGUACUUUUGAUGGAGCGAGGGGCAAAUCCGAGACUUGUUGGAGGGUUCCAGAGGUCUGAAACUGCUUUGUCUUAUGCUGCAAGGUUGAAUCGGGUUCAGGUUUUGGGAAUUUUUAGGAGGUAUGGGCAUGAAGGGGGUCCUGUUCAGUACUAUUGA